UGGCGGCGAUGGGUCGGGCGUUUCGGUGCCCGCUGUGCCGGCAGACCUUCUUCUCGGGCCGCGGCCACGUGUACAGCCGCAAGCACCGGCGGCAGCUGCAGUUGGCCCUGGCCCGUCUGAUGCCCCAGGUGGAUGCGGCCCGCAAGGCGCUGGGCGCGGCGCGUGUGGAGCGGUCCGCGGGCGGCCCGGAGGCGGCGGCGGGGGCGGGGGCGCCGCGGGUCCGGUGGUGGUGCCCCUGCUGCCAGCGGCCCGUGCCCACCGAGCGGCAGGUCGGGGCCCUCACACUCCCGCACGCCGGACUCCUCCAGCACCUCGCCAGCCCCGAGCACAAGAAAGCCACCAACAAGUUCUGGUGGGAGAACAAGGCGGAAGCCCAGCUGAAGGAGAAAUUCAUAGUCUCCCCGCAGGACUACGCACGGUUCAAGAAGUCCUUGGCCAAAGCCCUGGACUCCUUUGAGGAGAAGGAGGAUCGGGUGAUCAAGGAGAUGGCAGCCGAGAUCCGGCAGGUGGAUCAGAGCCGUCAGGAGUUGGUCCGGUCCGUGUUAGAGUCUCAGGCGGCCCCAGACCCAGGAGAGGGCUGCUCUGCCCUCUGCAACCGGCCCGGGACUUGUGACAGGGAAGGGGUCCAGGAGUCUACUGCAUGGCAACCCCCAGCCCGGCUGAGCCCCCCACAGCUCGACUGGAUGGAGGAGGCGCAGCCCCUGACGUUUAUCGGGCACCAGGAUGUUCCAGGGAGGGGCAACAUUCACACAGGAGCCACACCUCCCUGGCUCCAGGCUGAGGAGCCUGAGGCCCCACCACCUGCCCAGGAAAUUGGACCAUCCUAUGAGGAGUUUCUCAAAGAAAAAGAAAAGCAGAAAGUGAGGCAGCUGCCCCCGGAGCGGGUGGGGGCCAACUUCGACCACAGCUCCAGCACGGAUGCGGGCUGGCUGCCUUCCUUCGGCCGCGUGUGGAACAAUGGGCGGCGCUGGCAAUCCCGCCACCAAUUCAGAGCGGAAACCGGGGCCAGAGGAGCCCGGGCCCGCAAAGCCAAGAACUGAAGCCGGACCCCAUUGCUCGCCCUCUCCCUCUCUCUGUGCUGUGCCUGCAAAUAAAAGUAUUACCUCUGUUCUCCUUGCUCUUCCUCGUGACAAACCACAAGGCCAGAAGUUGUUUUUCAAUAUUUAAUGUUUAGAUUUACAAAAAUCAGACCUGGAAAGAGAAAUAAAGAGGGUUCAGAGA